AUGAUGCUCCUCUCCCUCGCAAUCGCUGUGCGGAGCAGGGCCACAGCCCAAGCUGCCGCCCAGUGUCGGCGUCCAAGACUCUGGUCGCCGCAUCUCCGAGCCGUCGUCAACCAUUCCACGACAUCCGAGGCCAGUGCCGGUGCCUGUGCCGGUGCUGGUGCCGGUGCCGGUGCCGGUGGUCGAGGACGCCAACGACAACGCCAACGCCUACGCCAACCCCGAUGCGAGUCGUGCCAUGCCGCUGCGUCGACGAUCCCUGGUCGCACGUACGCGACGCACGCGGCCCAGACGGCCCUCAAGGACAACGGACGCAUCGCGGUCGUGGGAGGCGGGUUGACCGGCCUCACGACGGCCUACUACCUCGCCAAGCAGCUGCCCUCGACGGCCAACAUCACGCUCUACGAGGCGAGCGACCGGCUCGGGGGGUGGAUCCAAACCGACCGCGUGCCCGUCGACGUGCAUGGGGUCAAGGGCACCGUGAGCUUUGAACGGGGUCCCAGGACCAUGUCGUCCUUGCAUUCGAGCACUUCGAGGUUUGACGACCUCGUCCUGUACGACUUGGCCCUCGAUCUCGGCCUCCAGGUCGUCACACCACCCGACCAGCCGCGCCGCAUCUACUAUCCCGACCAUCUGGUCACCCUGCCCCCCGCCUCCAGCGCCGCCGAGUUUGUCCGCGAGCCGCUCUUUCUCCAAUCCAUCUGGGCUGGGCUGGGCUACCUCUUCCGCCGCCGCAGCAGCGCGCGCCGCGGCGGCGUCCCCGUCAAGGACAUGUCGAUAUCGGAGUGGCUGCACCAAAUCAGCGGCAGCCGUCGGCUCGCCGACAACCUCGCUUCCGCCAUGGUCCACGGCAUCUACGGCGGGGACGUGGACAAGCUGAGCGCUCGCAGCGUCCUCGAGCGCUUCUACUGGGCCUACUACCUGCCCAGCACGGGGCCCGCGCUGCGGCACAUGGCCAAGCGAGAGCAGGUGCUCAUGAGCGAGCUGUCCCGGGACGCCCAGAUCCGGAGCCUGGCGCUCAAGGCGAGCGGGACCCUGCUGCACUUUGGAAAGCAGGGCAUGGACAGUCUGCCCAAGGCGCUGGAGCAUGUGCUGAGCAAGACGGCCAAUGUAGAGAUCAAGAGGGGCAGCCCGGUGACGGACAUGAGCUACGACGAGGAGCUGGACAAGGUCAAGAUCACAACCGGAAGAGGUUGGCAGCAACCAGAGCAACCCCCGAAACAACACGACCGACAAGACACGCAAACGCAAACGUUUGACCGUGUCAUCUCCACCACGUCCAGCCAGCAACUCGCCCGCAUCACGGCCGGCAAACUCCCCAGCCUCGCCGCCACGCAUUCCGUCUCCAUCAUGACCGUCAACCUGUGGUAUCCCAGGGAGAAUCUGAAACCCCCCGGGUUCGGCUACCUCAUCCCCCGCUCCGUCAGCCAGCAGCGCAACCCCGAGCGAGCCCUCGGCGUCUUUUACGACUCGGACGUCGGCGCCGCCGCGUCCCCCGACGAGCCGCCCGGCACGAAGCUCUUCGUCCUCAUGGGCGGCCAUUACUACGACUCGGGGACGCCGCCGCCCUCGGAGCCCGAGGCCGUGGAGCAGGCGAAAUCCCUCCUGGAGCGCCACCUGGGCAUCCCCGCCGACACGCCGUGCUUCGCGCUGUCGCGCCUCGCCGAGGGAUGCAUCCCCCAGCACUACGUCGGGCACAACGCCCGCAUGAUGCAGGCGGACCAGGAGCUGAGGGACUCCUUUUCCGGACGGCUGGCUGUCGCCGGAGGGUCCUACUCCAGGAUUGGCGUCUUGGGCGCCAUCCGCGCAGGAUACGACGUAGCCAAGCAGACCGUGAGCCAUGUCCACGGCUGGCACACCACUGGGCUGGAGCAUCUGGAGUUUCCGGAGCCGUUUGUCAGCGUACCCGUCUCCAAGAUUACCGUGAGGAAAGUCUAG